AUGGAAAUACAAAGGGCAACAAGUUUAACGAAAAUUGACAUCGCGGGCCGAGACUUCACUUUUGAGAUAUCCGCCGAAGUAGCCAAGCCCUACGAUGCGCUCUUGCGAGACGACACAAUAGUUACCAACCCUGUUCCGACAAUUAAAAAAGAUUUUGGAUUUGACGAGUCCGAGUUUGAGAAUAUCAAAGACCAUGAUGCGGCUUUGUUUACUAUAGUGGAGAAUGAAAUGGUGUACGGAUACAUACAUGCAACAAGGUCUUGGAAUAACAUGGUGGAGAUUCGUUGGAUUGUGUUAGAUGUGAGCAUUCGCGGCCAUGGGUACGGCAAAAUGCUUCUGGAUGAGGUGGUGAAGUGGGCUCGCCAGCUAGGAGUUGCUGGAGUUCGCCUAGAGUCGCAAUCGAAUAAUGUCGCGGCAUGCCGCUUUUAUAAGCGAUACGGAUUCAAGUUUGGCGGCUACGACGAGUAUUUGUACAGAGGAAUUCCGCAGAAUAAGCAAGAGACGGCCUUAUUCUGGUACUACAUGCUCGAAUAA